AUGCACUCUUUUACAGACAACAGCCAUCUCCCUGCUCACAUCAGAGCCUACGACUAUCUCAUCAUCCGCGCCAACAACUUUCUCGUCGCCGAAGACCCCAAGUCCGCCCAACGUGUCGCCCGUCUCCUCCUGCGCAGUCCCGAUAUCUCGAUCGAGCAUCAGAAGAUCUGCCACCGGAUCCUCGCCCUCGGUCCCGACAAUGUCGUCUUCCACACCGCCAAAGCCAUCAACCUGAGUCAUCAUGACAGCGGCGAUCCAGUGAUGAUCACGGUCACUCCACCCACUCCUCCUCCCAAGGAAUCUCCCAGACGCACUCCUGUCAAGAAGGACGAUGCGUGGCUGCUUAAGCCUCCCGCCGCCACGCCCACCAAGAGGCGCAAGAGGGUCCGUUUCGCUCAGGGUGGUGCCUUGGAGCAGGUUCAGAUCUUGAACUGCAAGUUUGAAUGCGAGCGUUGA